CUCCCACCUCAGCCUCCCAGGGAGACAUUAGAGAAGCAGGUAUUUUCUAUCUGGAGGCAGAAGACUUUUCAGCAUCAAGAAAACCGCCUGGCAGAGAGAAUGGCCAUCCUUCAUGCAGAGCGACAGCUUCUGCAUAGGUCUUGGUUCACGUGGCACCAGCAGGCAGCAGCACGUCACCAGGAGCAGGAGUGGCAAACAGUGGCCUGUGCUCACCAUCGCCAUGGGCAGCUCAAGAAAGCUUUCUGCCUCUGGAGGGAAAGUGCCCAAGGGCUCAGAACAGAGAGGACGGGCAGGGUGCGGGCAGCAGAAUUCCACAUGGCCCAGCUCCUGCGCUGGGCCUGGAGCCAGUGGAGGGAGUGCCUGGCCGUGCGGGGAGCAGAGCGGCGGAAGCUGAUGCAAGCAGAUCUGCACCACCAGCAGAGAGUGCGGCACAGGGCGCUGCAGGCGUGGGUGACUUACCAGGGCAGGGUACGGAGCAUCCUCCAGGAGGUGGCAGCCAGGGAGAGCCAGCACAACAGGCAGCUGCUGCGAGGGGCAUUGCGUCGCUGGAAAGAGAACACCAUGGCCCGAGUGGAUGAAGCCAAAAAAACCUUUCAAGCAAGUACUCAUUACAGAAGGACCAUGUGUUCCAAGGUCCUGGUCCAGUGGCGGGAAGCUGUGUCAGUGCAGAUAUAUUACCGACAGCAGGAGGACUCUGCCAUCUGGGAGGCCCGGAAGGUGCUGGACAGGAGCUGUCUGCGGACCUGGUUUCAGCGCUGGCGGGACUGCAGCCGGAGGUCAGCCCAGCAGAGACUGCAGCUGGAGAGGGCAGUCCAACACCACCGCCGGCAGCUGCUGCUGGAGGGGCUGGCCCGGUGGAAGAUGCACCAUCUGGAGUGUGUCAGAAAGAGGCUCCUGCACAGGCAGAGUACCCAACUGCUGGCACAGAGACUCAGCCGGACCUGCUUCUGCCAGUGGAGACAACAGCUGGCAGCCAGGAGGCAGGAGCAGCAGGCGACAGUGCGGGCCCUGUGGUUCUGGGCCUUUUCGCUGCAGGCAAAGGUGUGGGCCACGUGGCUGGCCUUUGUACUGGAAAGGAGGAGGAAGAAGGCACGGCUGCAGCGGGCGCUCCAGGCCUACCAGGGGCAGCUCCUCCAGGAGGGUGCCACACGGCUCCUGCGCUUUGCAGCCAGCAUGAAGGCCUCCCGGCAGCAGCUGCAGGCCCAGCAGCAGGUGCAGGCGGCUCACAGUCUCCAUCGUGCCGUCCGCCGCUGUGCCACGCUUUGGAAACAGAAAGUGCUGGGCCGGAGUGGGAAGCCUCAGCCCCUGGCAGCCGUCACACCCAGCAGGAAAGUGACGUUUGAGGAUCCCCUUCUCAUCUGCAUUGCCGCUGGGGCUGGGGAUGCCACCCUGGGAACCAAGAGGCCACAGGCUCCUCUGCUUCAGGGAGCUCUGGGUCGCCUGGCUGCUGAGGAGCCCCACGCCCUGGAACUCAACACUGCCCACUCAGCGAGGAAGCAGCCGCGACGCCCACACUUCCUGCUGGAGCCUUCGCAGAGCCAGAGGUCCCUGGGGUGUGGCACCAUGGGCAGGCAGGGGCCUCAGAAGCCCAAGGAACAUGGCCUAGGCAUGGCUCAGCCAGCAGGCCCCUCCCUGACGCGGCCCUUCCUGGCAGAGGUCCCGAAAGCACAAGUCCCACCCAGCCCCCUGCCUGGGGCCCUGUCAAGCACCCCUGGCCCAAAGCAGACCCCGACGGCAAGCACAGGCCCGGAGCUGCUGCUGCUGCCUCCUUCCUCCUUCAUGCCCUGCGGGGCGGCUGCACCAGCCAGGGCGUCAGCACAGCCGGCUACUGCUAGGGAUAAGCCCCAGGUCCCCCCAUCCCUGGCCAGUGUCCCUGACCCCCAUCUACUCCUUCCUGGGGACUUCUCAGCCACCAGGGCUGGGCCUGGGCUUUCAACUGCAGGCAGCCUGGACCUUGAGGCUGAACUUGAGGGGAUCCAGCAGCAACUACUGCACUACCAGACCACCAAGCAGAACCUCUGGUCCUGCCAGCGGCAAGCGAGCAGCCUGCGCAGGUGGCUGGAGCUGAGCAGAGAGGAGCCCAGACCUGAGGACCAGGAAGUAGAGCAGCAGGUGCAGAAAGAGCUGCAAGAGGUGGAACUGCAGAUCCAGCAGCUGGCAGAGGAGCUCCAGGCUCAGCGCCAGCCCAUUGGCACCUGCAUUGCUCGCAUCCAGGCCCUGCGGCAGGCCCUGUGCUAGCGUGUUUGCCCCAGGGACGCAGGUGCUGGGCUGUCGGGGAGGCCUCAGGCCACCUCCAGGAACAGAACACAAAGUUAUGUUUUAUUUUUUUAUUUCAAAAUGUUUUGCCAUUAAAUGAAUUACUGUUCAGAAGUCUCCACUUUUCAUACAAAAAUACUGUGCUACUGAUACAGUUGAAAAAGUUCAAUGAUGGCUCUCCUGCAGGAGAAAUUCACAGCGUCCCCAGGGUCAACAUGAACGCUGGCCCUGUCCCCGCCACUGGGGGCUCCCCAGGCCCGCAUUCCUGAUAACUGGGACAGGUUUUCCAGGCACUGACCGACUAUCCACCAAGGGCCCUCUGCCUCCAAGACAGACCCUCAAUCAAUAGCAUCAACUUUCCCACAUUUCCUGCAGGGAUACGGGGAGGACAGAAACGCUCCCCUGUCCCCAGCUGGGCCUACCACCUGCCUGCCCUGUUCAUUCUGGUGCCAUGUGGCAGGUUUGGUGAUUAGUCUUGCCUGCUGCAACGACGGACCUGGCCAGCUCCAGAAGGUCACUCAUCGGGUCCUACAGAGGUCUGUAUCAUUAAUCAUGUGUCCUCAGAAGACACUGGCAGAGUCCAGGGUGAUGCAUUCAGCCACAAGCACAAAGACUGCUUUUUCUAAAGAGCAGGAUGAGGUGAAUUUGGGAACAGAAAGCAGCUGUGAUGAAGGCUGUGUGGCUCUGCUGAGGGAAGAGGCAUCCACAGUCUGUGCCAAGGAGGCACCUCACCCUGUACAGCAGGAGGGUUAAGGCCAAAAAAAAAAAAAA